UUCCCGCACUGGUGAGUGUCUAAUGUGAGAGAGAGGAGAGACAUGACAAGAGCUCAGCGAACCUGGCCAGUCAAACAUGGAGCUGUUUAAAACGAUAUCGCUGUUACUUUGGAUAUUUUUGCUGAAUAGACAGCAGGACUGCUGCGCCGAAGAAGUUGUGCUGCUUAACUCAAAGGAGUCUCAGGCAGAGCUGGGCUGGACCUCACACCCCGCCAAUGGAUGGGAGGAGAUCAGCGGGGUGGAUGAGAAGUACAAGCCCAUCAGGACGUACCAGGUGUGCAACGUGAUGGAGCCGCAGCAGAACAACUGGCUGCAGACGGGCUGGAUCUGGCGGCAGUCCGGCCAGCGGAUCUUCAUCGAGCUGCAGUUCACGCUGCGCGACUGCAACAGCAUCCCGGGCGUGGCGGGCACCUGCAAGGAGACCUUCAACCUCCUGUACGCCGAGUCGGACUGGGACCUGGGCGGCGUGGCGCGCGAGGACCGCUACGCCAAGAUCGACACCAUCGCCGCCGACGAGAGCUUCACGCAGGGCGACCUGGGCGAGCGCAAGAUGAAGCUCAACACGGAGGUGCGCGAGAUCGGCCACCUCAACCGCCGCGGCUUCCACCUGGCCUUCCAGGACGUGGGGGCGUGCGUGGCGCUGGUGUCCGUCCGGGUGUACUACAAGCGCUGCCUCUCCACCGUGCAGAACCUGGCCGUCUUCCCCGACACGGUGGCCGAGGCCGCCUUCGCCACGCUGGUGGAGGUGCGCGGGGCCUGCGUCAACAGCUCCGAGGUGGACGACGCCGACAGCCCUCCCAGGAUGCACUGCAGCGCCGAGGGCGAGUGGCUGGUGCCCAUCGGGAAGUGCAGCUGCAGCGCCGGCUUCGAGGAGGGCCACAGCAGCUGUGAAGCCUGCCCUCCUGGCUCCUACAAGAUGUCUUCCAGGCAGCAGGAGUGCUUCCCCUGCCCGGCCCACAGCACGGCGGAGGAGGAGGGCUCGGUGCAGUGUGCGUGCGAGCAGGACCACUUCCGCACCCCGCUGGACAGCCCCUCAGCCCCCUGCACGCGUCCCCCUUCUCCGCCCAAAGACCUGGUCUUCACCCUCAAACAGUCCACCCUCAUCCUGGAGUGGGGUCCCCCGGCGGACACGGGGGGCCGGGGGGACCUGACCUACAGCGUGGGGUGCAGCCGCUGCCUGGGGCCCCUCCGGGCCCCCCAGCGCCAGUGCGAGCCGUGCGGGGCCAGCCUGGGCUUCAUCCCCCAGCAGACCGGCCUGACGGAGCGCACCGUCACCGUGGUCAACCUGCUGCCCCACUCCAACUACACCUUCACCGUGGAGGCCCUGAACGGGGUGUCCGAGCUGCUGCCCGACAAGAGCUUCUACGCCCAGGUCAACGUGUCCACCAGCCUGGCAGGCCCGUUCCUGUUGAGUGAGCUGAGAGUGGAGAAGUUGGAGCAGCGCAGUGUGACCCUGGUCUGGACCCCGCCCCCCCACCCCAACAGCAGCCGCACCCAGUACGAGAUCAAGUACUACGAGAAGGAGCAGAAGGACCUGAGCUACUCCACCGUAAAGACUCCCGCCACGCGGGUCAGCGUCAACAACCUCAAGCCCGGCACCACUUACGUCUUCCUCAUCCGCCAGUGCACAUCCUCCUCUUCCUCCUCCUCUUCCUCAUCUUCCUCUUCCUCCUCCUCCUCGCUUUCCUCCUCCCCACUCUCGUCAUCCUCAGCUUCUUCCUCCUCCUCCUCCUCCUCCUCUUCCUCUCCGCUGGACUACGGAGCCUACAGCCCCCCGAUGGAGCUGCAGACACUUGGCGAGUUGGCGCUGGCGUCGAGCGAGCAGGGCCCGGUGGUGAUCAUCGUGGUGGUGUCUGUGGCCGCUCUCAUCAUGCUGCUCUCCAUGGGAGUGGGCCUGCUGAUCUGGAGGAGGCAAUGUGGGUACAGUAAGGCCAGCCAGGAGGGUGAUGAGGAGCUCUACUUCCAGUUUAAGAUCCCAACUAGGAGGACGUACAUCGACCCGGAGACAUGUGAGGACCUGGUCCAGGCUGUUCAUGUGUUCGCCAAAGAGCUUGACGACUCCAGCGUCAAGAUCGACAGGAUCAUCCACACUGGUGAAUUUGGGGAGGUGUGCCGCGGGUGUCUGAAGCUGCCCAGCAAGCGGGAGUUGCCGGUGGCGAUAAAGACGCUUCGCGCGGGCUGCUCGGAGAAGCAGAGACGCUCCUUCCUGAGCGAGGCUGGAAUUCUGGGACAGUUCGACCACUCCAACAUCAUCCGUCUGGAGGGAGUCAUCACCAGGGGGAACACCAUGAUGAUCGUGGUGGAGUGCAUGUCCAAUGGGGUCCUGGACUCCUUCCUCAGGAAGCACGAGGGCCGGCUCGGCAUGCUGCAGCUGGUGGACAUGCUGAGCGCCGUCGCCGCGGGGAUGAAGUACCUGACGGAGAUGGGCUUCGUCCACCGCCGCCUGGCCGCUCACAAGGUGCUGGUCAACAGCAGCCUGGUGUGCAAAGUGUCGGGCUUCCGCCCCCUUCUGGACGACAAGGUGGAGGCGGUCUACACCACGCUGCAUGGGGGUAAGAGUGCGGUGCUGUGGACGGCUCCAGAGGCCAUUCAGUACCACCGCUACAGCUCGGCGUCUGACGUGUGGAGUUUCGGGAUCGUCAUGUGGGAGGUCAUGUCCUUUGGAGAGAGGCCCUACUGGGACAUGGGGAACCAGGACGUGAUCAAGGCGAUUGAGGAUGGCUUCCGUCUGCCCGCCCCCAUUAACUGCCCCGCUCCCCUGCACCAGCUGAUGCUGGACUGCUGGCAGAAGGAGCGGAACGAGAGGCCCAAGUUCAACCAGAUCCACAGCGUCCUGAGCAAGAGCGUCCGCACCCCCGACACCAUCGGCUCCUCCACGCUGUCACGCAGGACGCUCAGCUCCUCCAUCCCCCUGGCGGAGCGCUCCUUCCCCUCCUUCCCCUCCUUCAGCUCUGUGGGAGAGUGGCUGGAGGCCGUGGACAUGGGCCGCUACAAGGACAACUUCACCGCCGCCGGCUACUGCUACCUGGAGUCUGUGGCCCGCAUGACCGUCCAGGACGUGCUGAGCUUGGGCAUCACCUCUCUAGAGCACCAGAAGCAGAUCCUGGCAGCCAUUCAGACCCUGAGGGCUCAGGUGAUCCAGAUGCACGGCCGCGGGGUGCAGGUGUAGCAGACAGACGCACGGACUCCCGGAAACGGACAGAUGGACAGACAGCCGGCUGCUGGGAGGAGAGAGAGCCCCUCAAUCCCCCCUCACAGAUACGAGGGAGAGCAGCACCCCUCCCGCAGUUACCCUUGCUCUUCCUCCUCCUCUUCCUCCUGCAGGAUGUGCCCUCGGUGCUGCCAGGGAUGUGCUCCAGCUGUACGAGGAGUAUACGCUCACCAGACCCCACCGACCCAAACACUCACUGACCGUCCCUGUGCCCUGCUCUGUCCUAAAGCCCUGGUCAGAACACAGUCCGCAAGGAGGAGAACCGGGCAGUCUGUAUUAUCUGAGGCCAGGGACUGACUGACAGUCAGGUGACCUCCACCAUGAGGGGGCAGAGCCUGUAGUCAUGUGACCGAAGCACAAUCUUCCAUGAGGGUCUGAAUCCAUUUCAUCAGCGAUAAACCCUGAAAACAGAACCCCGUAACGGAGAUCACGCGGUCAGUACCCACAAUUCCCUGCUGCAGAGUGGACAGGGUCGGGGGGAGGGGUCUCCUCCGCUGCUUGAUUGGUCGAAACUCCGAGGAAGGAGAUGAAUCUUUUCAGGAAAACUGCUGUGGUGUUGGACCACUGGAAGGAAAAAUAAUGAACUUUGUAAAUCUAAGGCUCAAAAGGGUUUUUACAUAUUUCUGUCUAUCCUAUGCCAUGUUUGGUUGUCAUACGCUUCUGUUAUGAAUGUUUUUUGGGUUAUCAAUCUGCCCCUGUGUCUGUUAGAACAUCAGCCUCAUCAUGUACUGUAGCGCUAACUGUAGCUCAUUUAGCCUUCUCCUUGUGCCAGUGGUGUUCUCACUGCAGGGGACAGCACCCUCUAGAGGAAGGUACAAUCCACGGUUCGCGUGUCUCUUUUAUUUAUUAAUGUAUUUAUUUAUCUGCUU